AUGCUCACCGCCGCUGUAUCUGGUAAUGUAUUUGCCUCUCCGCCGUCUCGUCAUGUCAGUGCGGCCUUGAAUUCAACAACGACGAAAGGAGGUUCCAUUCUGUUCAUCAUUAACUACACCGGUGAUCGUCUUAACUUUGGCCUGGCUGCGGAGCGAUACAAGGCGGCUGGGCAUAAUGUACGGGUAGUCACUAUAGCUGACGACGUUCGCUAUUGA